AUGUUGCUGAAAAUUUUACUAUUCGCACUCGUCGCCGUUACCUUCCAGGAACAUCACAAGCAUAAACAUCAUCAUCAUCGUGGACCACCAAGUGAAGAGCACAUGCCAUCAUUCUUGAAAAACGUGUCUAGUGAUGCUCGUAAAGAGUUUUUCGGAAUCGUGAAGGAUCGUAAAACUCCACGCAAUGAGAUUAGGAAAAAAGCCGAUGAAUGGGCGAGGAAGCAGGGUGGCUCCGUUUUGGAAGAGCUCCACAAAUUUGACGACAAGAAGAAAGCCUACUUCAACGAUAUACACAAAAACGUAAGCAUCGUCAUAAGCAAGCUUGAAGCAGCUCAUUCAAAGGCCCACAAAAUCGUCACUGAUGACAAACUCUCCAAAGAUGAAAUGUUCGAAAAACUUCGCAACCUUGACAUUGAUCCGGUUGUUGGUAGAGCCUUGCGCGCAGUAAUUUUCACGGUUGCCCAUCCACAUCACCCAAUAGGGAGACCGCAUGGAAGGCAUCAUUCCCAUAGAAAUUCUUCUUCUUACGAAGGCUUGGGAGGUUUGGCUGCCAUACUUGGGCAUGGAGAGAAAGGAGACAAGAUUGUUCAAAUUGGGCCCGGAAGUAAUGGAGCGGAUUCGGACUCGGAAUAACAACUCCUACAUCAACGCAU